AUUGGUUACCAUUAUUGAAUACAUAGUUUUUGUUUUCAUAUUCUUACGUUGAUAAUUUUUUAGCAGAUUUUCGUGUUCUUUUCUUAUAUUUUCUUCUGUAAGCUUUACAAUGACAUUAUCAUCUCAAGAAAAUACACCGCUUCUUAGUGGAAGAAGCGACAGCACCGACUCAGGAACUUAUUCGAGCAUUGAAAAUGCAAUUGAAGUGGAUCCAAAAUACAUGGACGAAGAAUCAUUUCUCCCAAGCACAGAAAAUUCAGAGCCAACAAAACAGGGCACUCUAGUCACAAUAUUUGCCGUUUGGAGUUCUAUGAUGGGAACAUCUCUUCUGGCAAUGCCAUGGGCAUUUCAACAAGCUGGAAUGAUACAAGGGAUCGUGAUUCAGCUCUUACUAGCCGCGCUUUCCGCAUAUACAGCUGUGCUGGUUUUAAAAAGCAGCAAGAAAUUCGCCGAUCCGGUCACUGGAAGUAUUCCCGAAUUCGCCGUUGUUUGUCAAAAACUAUUUGGAAAAUUCGGAACUAUUAUUACAACACAAUGUUCCGCCAUAUUGUUUGCCGGAGCUUUAAUAGUAUAUUGGAUACUGAUGUCCGAACUUUUGUACAACUCAGUGAAUUCUAUACAUUACUUUUCAGCAAGGUCUUCUGCAAACCAAUCAAACUCAACCAAUCCUAAAGAAACCUCAUCAAUGGAAAACAGUAAGGGCGUUCUUCUCAACAACCACACUAUAUGUCCAGAUAGAGAAAAAGAUUCCUCACAGCAGUUGACACCUAUUCCCGCCUGGUCGGAAAAUCAUACAGUUCCAUUUUUCCUGGUGGUUUUAUUUGCUCCACUCAUACAGUUGCGAUCGGCAUCUUUUUUUACACGAUUCGGAGCUGCCGGAUGCAUUCCUGUUAUAUUCUUAGCUGUAUAUUCCGUCAUGAAAAGCGCGUUGUGGGGACUGCACGUUGAUUUCGAAAAUACUGACAGUGUUCACCAUAUUCAAUUAUUCAGUAACAACUUUCCGGCAUUAUCAGGAGUUUUAACAAUGGCAUUUUUCAUGCACAACUCUAUUAUUACUUUUUUCAAACACAGCGAAAAACCUCGGAAUAACGUCCGAGAUUUGUCUAUAUCCUAUUGUCUAGUUGUUGCUACAUACGGAAUAAUUGGUAUGUCAAUCUAUAUGUCAUUUCCAGAUGAAAAAGCAUGUCUCAGACAGAAUUUCUUCGAAAACAUAUCAGUAACGGAUUCUGUAUCACUUGUAGCCCAGCUGAUGUUAUUCUUCCGAUUGGUCACACUAUUUCCACUCGUGACCUAUAUUUUAAGAGUACAAAUAUUUGUUCCUACAACGGGCAAGGAAUACCCCGGACAUCUUCACGUUGCUGUAUUGAAUAUAAUCGUCGUAGCACUGUGUGUUUUUUGUGCUGUAUUCUUUCCAAACAUUGGUGACAUAGUGAGAUUGUUUUUCAGAUACGCUGGUGCUUUCUGUGGCAUGAUUUACAUGUUUUUAUUGCCUUGUAUUGUCGACGGAAUACUUGAAUGGCGAGAAGAUAAAAGACUCAAGCAGCGAUCAAACAUUUCGCGGCUCGCAAUUCAUUUGGCUAUUUGCAUCUUCGGGGUCGGAAAUUUCUUUGCUCAAUUCGCCGUGAAUGAAUGAAGUAAAUCACUCAUGUUGUCACUUUGGAACGUUCUUAAACUUGAAUUGUACAAGUGUCAUGACCACAAAAAUGCAAAGUUAUGCACAAUGAUAGUUGUACCGUGCAUGAAACUAUUUAGUUGUAUUGACGUAUAAUAAAUACUCAAUGUGAGGUUGUUUCACGUCAAGAAAAAACAAAAUAAAUGAAUUUUGUGAGCUUAUUUCAUGUUACAUCCUUCAAUAUGCAUAUACUGCCACUACCAUUAAUCGAAAGAAAAUACAUGCAACUUAAAUGUGAUAAUCCUCGUCAUAUUGCAUGAAAUAGCCGAGUCUGUGUGUACAAUAAAAUAUCUGGACUACCUGUCAUACCCCA